CCCCGCUUGGAUCUGGAGCCCGCGCGCCGCGCUGCCUUCUCUUCCUCGGCCGCCGCCCAGCCGGCAGCUCCCCCAGCCAAGACGCGCGCGUUCUAGCCUCCUUCCCCGGGUUUACGGAUUUCCGGGGGGCGAAGAAUUUUGCCUCGGUCCCUACGAGCAUCUCUCGACCUCUCUCCCCCUCCCCUCGCGACUCCCCCACCUCGUGGGCGCGCGCGCGCACACUCACACACACUCACACUCGCAGGCGCGCGUGCGCACGCCCGCGCGCCCCGAGCCGCGGAGUCUCCAGCGCCGCUCAGCAGAUCCCACUCUCUCGGGCGCCGCUACUCACACAGGCUUCCAGCCGCCACGGGGCGUCCUCUGUCUGCGGCAGCGGCGGCAGAGGCAGCGGAGGGAACGGCAGCUGCAGCCCGGCCCCGUCUGGCAGCUCCGCGCCCGGGACGGAGUCCGGGAAGCGGAGAAGGAGGACGCCGAGGCAAGGAGGAGCCGCGCCGCGCCCGGCGCCCGGCUCCACGCGGCGGGCUGCCUCUGCUCCCCGCACGGCGGCCCCAGGUCCUUUGCAGCCAGCAUGAUAACGUAUUUAUAACACGUGGAGGAGAGAGAGCUCACCAUGCUCAGGAUUCCCCAAAAGAAGAUGGAUCGAGGGAAGUGAUGGGGUCCCUGAGAGAAAGCCAUAUGUGAAGAAAUCUGCCAGAAUGGAUCAGACUGAGCAACAGGAUCUGGAUGUCUAAGGGGACAGUGGUUCCAGAAGCAUCUGGCAUGUCAAAGCCGCACUGUCUUCCAUGGGACUUCCUUUGUAAACAGCUUCUAUUUAAAAUAUUUUUGUGAAUACGUUGUUUCAGUCAAGUCCCCAAAGAACACAUUUGUCUUCUGAUCUUCUGGAGGUCUUAAGGAAGCUACUAGAGAAUGUGCUCUACAAAAAUGAGGAUGUAAACCAAGAAAGAGGAAACCAUGGGAUCCAGGAAACGGGGGACCCAGCACAGGCGAGAGGCACAGGGAUUUCGCAAGAUGGUGUUAAAAAGAAGCCCCAGGACAACAGAAUCCAAUGAUCUCCGUGGGGACCCUGCACUCAGCCAUCCAACUGCUCCUGCCUCCCAGGAUGCUCAUAAUUCAAUAGUAGAUGCAGGUGGCAUUGAAAGCAUCACCCAGUGUCCCCAGCAGCUUCCUCAGAUGAUGGCUGCAGCAGCCGAUGGUUUGGGGAGUAUAGCGAUAGACACGACCCAGCUCAACAUGUCGGUGACAGAUCCCACAGCCUGGGCCACCGCCAUGAAUAACUUGGGCAUGGUUCCUGUGGGGUUGCCUGGACAGCAGCUUGUGUCUGACUCCAUCUGUGUACCAGGCUUUGAUCCAGGCCUCAACAUGAUGACUGGAAUCACCCCCAUUAACCCAAUGAUACCAGGCCUGGGGCUGGUACCACCCCCACCGCCAACAGAAGUGGCUGUCGUCAAAGAAAUAAUCCACUGCAAAAGUUGUACCCUUUUUCCUCAAAAUCCAAAUCUUCCGCCUCCUUCCACAAGAGAACGACCUCCUGGGUGUAAGACUGUGUUUGUCGGAGGAUUACCAGAAAAUGCUACUGAGGAAAUUAUUCAAGAAGUCUUUGAGCAGUGCGGUGAUAUUACAGCGAUUCGGAAAAGCAAGAAGAAUUUUUGUCACAUUCGCUUUGCAGAGGAAUUCAUGGUUGAUAAAGCCAUUUACCUUUCUGGUUACCGGAUGCGAUUGGGGUCUAGCACGGACAAAAAGGAUUCAGGCCGCCUUCACGUGGACUUUGCCCAGGCCAGGGACGACUUCUACGAGUGGGAAUGCAAGCAGAGGAUGCGCGCCCGUGAGGAGCGGCACCGGCGCAAGCUGGAGGAGGAUCGGCUGCGGCCGCCCUCGCCGCCGGCCAUAAUGCACUACUCCGAGCACGAGGCCGCCCUGCUGGCCGAGAAGCUGAAAGAUGAUAGCAAGUUUUCAGAGGCUAUCACAGUGCUGCUUUCCUGGAUUGAACGAGGGGAAGUGAAUCGGCGUUCCGCAAACCAGUUCUAUUCCAUGGUGCAGUCGGCCAACAGCCACGUCCGCCGGCUAAUGAACGAAAAAGCCACCCAUGAGCAAGAGAUGGAGGAAGCCAAGGAGAAUUUUAAAAACGCCUUAACUGGAAUCCUCACUCAAUUUGAGCAGAUUGUGGCCGUUUUCAACGCUUCUACCAGACAAAAAGCUUGGGACCAUUUCUCGAAAGCUCAGCGCAAGAACAUAGACAUUUGGCGAAAGCAUUCUGAGGAGCUCCGGAAUGCUCAAAGUGAACAGCUCAUGGGCAUCCGCCGAGAAGAAGAAAUGGAAAUGUCAGAUGAUGAGAAUUGUGACAGCCCUACUAAAAAACUGAGAGUCGAUGAAUCAGCCCUGGCUGCUCAGGCCUACGCUCUUAAAGAGGAGAAUGACAGUCUCCGUUGGCAGCUGGAUGCCUACAGGAAUGAGGUGGAGCUGCUGAAACAAGAAAAAGAACAGCUCUUUCGAACAGAAGAAAACCUCACCAAGGACCAGCAGCUCCAGUUCCUGCAGCAAACCAUGCAAGGCAUGCAGCAGCAAUUGCUGAGCAUCCAGGAGGAGUUAAACAACAAAAAGUCAGAACUGGAGCAAGCCAAGGAGGAGCAGUCCCACACGCAGGCAUUACUUAAAGUCCUCCAAGAACAGUUAAAAGGUACCAAGGAAUUGGUCGAGACCAAUGGCCACAGCCAUGAGGACACAAAUUUCUUUCCAGUCGUGUGGAUGUCUAUGACCAGGGGGAAAAAUCCAUAAAUAAAUGAAUAAAUAAAUCUUAUCAUAUUGUCUUCAGUUUUGUAUGUUUUUGAUUUCUCAUUAUAUCAUAAGUAUUUUUCUUGUCACCAAAUGUUCCUCAAAAACAUGAUUCUUAAUGGCUGUAUAAUGUAGAUAUGAAAUAAUUUAACCACACGCCUAUGUGUUAGGCAUUUAACUUCCCAUUUUUUAACUAUUAUAAAUAAUGCUGCAAUUAACAUGCUCAUAAAUCUUGUUCUGCGUCUCUCAUAUUUAUAUCUGGUGGAUUCUCUGUAUUAAUAGCUGUGUCACACAGUCUGGCAGGGAGCUUCAGACUUGCAGAAUUGUUUGGCAUUCAGCAUGUUAGUGUGGCAAAUGCAUGCUUAUGGUAUCCGUUAGUCGUCCUGAGGGAACCCACGAAAAGCUAUGUCUUGUCUUGCAACUUCCUAACUCUUUUGCCUUAGUCUCAAGAGUUGUCUAGCUUAUAGGAUGCUAGCCACACCUAGAUUUGGUCUGUUACUAUUACUUUUCUAUUGUUUUUACCUUUUAUUAAAUAGCAGUAGUAUCUGACCAACACCUUGUCUUGUAUUCUUGAGGCCCCAAACAAAGGCACCCUUACAAAGCCCACCUUUGUCCCCAUAUCACAAAAUCUGCGAGCACAUGACCUUGAGAAAAGUUUUUGAAGGCCAACCUAAAACCAUUAGAACCAGAAACUGAGAUCAACUGCAAAGGCCUUGCUCUCCAAGAGGAUUGCACUUGCUAAUUUUCAAUAGGUUUUUCUUUGUAUUUGAAACUGGGUAUAUUAAUGACAGCAGGGCGGUCCAACCUUUUAAGUGUACCCAAGUUUAAAAUUAGCCUUUAUCCCAGUUCCUUUAGAGAUUUCAGUUAUUCCAGAUGCAAUUUUCUUUCCUAAAAAGCAAGGCUAUGAUUUUUCCUUUGAUCUCCAUCUCUGAGCUGUCUCCUACUCCCUAGGACUGCUGAAUAACUAGCCUGAUCCCUGGUAAUUAUGCAUUACAGAUAUCGAAAUCUUAAAUUAAAAAAAGAUAAUCUGUCCUCAUCUAGCAUCUUUUUGAUGACCUUCCUCCCUCCCAGAGGUAUCACCACCUGUGAUCCUUACACGCGUAUGUUUGGUGAGAAAGUGGACGGAAAGGAGAGAAUGAGAGAAAUGUAGGAAGAAGUCAGAGGAGUCAAAUGAAGUGGCAGCUGAAGCCUGUAAUGUAUGGAACAAUUUGGUCUAAAAGUUUUCCAUGCAUUUUCUUUCCUCCUCUUCCUGUUUCUGCUAUAGGAUACUGCUACCGCACAUCCUCAUUUGCACAAUUCACACUCACACACUGGAGUUAGAGAAAUCAUUUGCAAUCUGUAAAGAGGUUUAAUUUGUGAUACUGAAGGUUAUCACUGUCAGGUAGAACACCUUCCCCACUCAACAAUAAAACAAAAACACAAAAGAGGAAAGACUUUUCAGCUUUGCACGUCGCCUCUGUAAGAAAGUAAAUCCUCAGAGUUGUCUUUAAAUCUGUCAGAGUAAAGACGUUAGGAGAGUAUGGAAGAGAUACUGUGUGAAGAACAUUCUCCAAGUUUAGUCCACUGCUGCCGAAGCUGUUGUUAACCAUGUAUUUUAAUGAGGUAUAUGGCGGAACCUCUGUAGGUGCCAAGUCCUUUGGCUAGUUUCAGAAUGUGGCUUUCAUCCUUUAGGCAGGUGAGCGUGAGAGAUAAGAAUGCAUGCUGAUGUAUUAAACAAGGCAAGGAGGAAAAAGACAAACCCCACAGGAAGGUGGGACCAUAUUCCCAAAGGCACAGACAAUUCAGGUUCUAUCCUUUCCUCCCAUGACAACUUGCUGCCUGCUCUUGGGGGCCCUGAUCUUGAACUGGAAGAGGAGUACACAAGACAGUAACACCUCAACAUGAGGAUUCGCACUUCCUGCACCCCACCCCACGGACUCUAUCAGAGGGAACAUGAGCACCCAACCCAACAGGCAUGAGCCUAGCAGAAACUGGGGUGAGAGACUGUAGAUGUCAGAGGCCUUCCAGCCCCUGCCUGUCUUUCUUCUCACAAUCUCCCGCUGCCCUUGGCCUGUGCAGAGUCCCUCAGUUUGUGUUCCAACACAGCCUGCCAUCCCUUUUUUACUCAGUAAGUCAACAGUAUUCAUUGAGGGAGACAGCAGAGUGUAGGGGUUCAGAACAGAUCUGGGCGCCAAGCAGACUGGUUUCAACUUGGCUCCACCACUUUCUGUCUGGGUGACCCUGAGCGAUGCACUGAACCCCUGAACCACCAUUUUUUUCACUUCUAAAAUGAAGGUAAUAAUUGCACCUACCUCACAGGGUUAUUGUGAGCAUUGCUUAGCAGCGUUGAUGUGAUUGGUGCGUGUUAGCUGGUUUUAUUACUCCAGCCUUCCACAUGCCCGGUGCUGUGCUAGGUUCUGGAGAUCCGUUGGUGAGUAAUGCAGACGUGGUUCCUGCCCCACCUGGAACUGACUCCCUUCAUCAUGCCCUGCCCUUAGCAAAGCUUGUCUUCUGUUUCAUUCCAUCAGGACUCACUCUCUGCCUUCAGGUCAAUAUCACAGUGGAAUAAUGGGCUUGAGGUAACUUAUUUGUGUGUUUCCAGCAACUCUCUGGAGAUAAGACCUUUACUUAGAAGGAUUGGCUCUAUGCAGAGGAGCCUGGUGGGAGUGCAGCAUGAUGCAUGGGUAUAUAGGGAGCUUUAAGACCCCUGGAAAUCUCGCCACUUUGUCUUCCUUCAGGGAGAGAUGGACCCACAUCUGUAGAUGCUUGAGGUCACCCUUGCUCUAUAGAUGUCUGAAAUCAAGAAAGUGGACUUUUCAUGGACUAAUAUUUCCUUCACCCUGUAAUAUAUGACUCUGCUCACAUAUUAAAUGCUCACACCUGGAAUUUGGCUUUUUCCUUGUGUUGCAGCUCCUGUAACAUCAUUGCCUUUCUCCUACUGAUGCUUCCUUCCCCACCUCUACCCCGACUCCAUCCUCCACAUCCUCCUCCCCCAGACAGGUGCCUUCUUCCAGCUACUUUACCACGUUUUCUGCUGUGAAGUCCAUAAUUCCAUCUGAAAAAGUCCACUCACAUCCCAACCCAGCACCCUUGAAAAGGAUUGAUGACGGGAAGAGACCCUGUUAAUACACCUGCUUUCCAGCACAUGCAGAGCUCCGAGGAAGGAUUAGAGCAGGAACUGCUGUCAGAAAUAGGCAGGAGCUGGCUUCAUGGUUAGUUCUUUAGUUUCCAGUAAAUACUCAAGAGAAGUUUCCUUACCAGGUGCCUCACUAUUAACCGACAAUGUGUGUUUCCACAGCUGGAGCGUGGGACAACAGUUUGUCCUUUUUGUCAGGACAGGAGUUGGCGGAACCUGCUUGGCCACUGGUGGAUUUGGAACAUGUAAACAGGAUUAGUGCGUGUUUAAUAACGCUGACAGGUUGGGUUUAGAGAAGUGAAAAUACCUUCUUCCCCCAGGCCACGUUAAAGAAAGUCAGGCGGAGGAGACGUAAAUUCAGCUCUGUGUGAGAUGGUCUGACGUGGGCAUGGAUACCUACACAGCUAAAACCAAGAUCUGAAACAAAAGUUUUCCAUUUUGGAGACCAAAUAGACUUCCCCAAAAAGGUUAAUGAUAAUCCUACCUGAUGUAGAAGAAAAUGCAAUUGUUUAAAAUGGAAGAUUUUAUAGAUCCAAUAUACGUACAUAUAAAUGCCCUUAUCUGAAGAGCACCAUAUUAUUUUUGCGGAAAAUUUGGAAAAUGCAUAAAAAUAUAAAGAAAAAAAUCACCAUCUGCAAUCUCACUCAGACAUUAGUGUCUCCUCCCCCUCUUUGUGUUUCCUCCAUCUUGGUCUAUGUGCACAUAUAUACAUUUUUGCCAAACUUACAGAUUAUCACAUGGGCAGUUUGGCAACCUACAUUUUUUUCCUUAUAAAUCAUGAGCAUUUCCCCAUGUUCUUAAAUGUUUUCUUAAUAUGACUUAAUAACUGCCUAAUACUUCAUGCCACAGAUGUGCUCUAGUUUAUUUAAUCAGUCCCUGCUGUGGGACUUCAAAAUAUUAUUUGUUUUUGCUGCCAUGGAUAGCAUGCCAUGAAUAUUCUUCAACAAUGUAUUAGUUAAUUCAUCCACCAUUUAAGCACUUUUUAAAUGGGGAAGCUUUUCCGCUUGCUUGGGAUUUAGGGAUAGAGGGAGAUCCAGUGAUUCUUUAAAAAGAUUAAAACUAAGCCCUGACAUGGUAAGUGAUGAAAUACACAGCCAAUAAUAAUGUCUAGAUGCUACCACAUAGAGAAGAUACUGAGUUCCCCAACAGGAGAGGGAAACAGCUCCCAAGAAUAUUUGCAUUCUGAAGAGAGAGGCAAACUGUGUAUACUUCAUGAAUAACUUAGAAGGAUACUGAGACUUGUUAUUUGGAGUUUUGCACUGUGGACUGGAGGUCAGUCUUCUGGGUGGUCAAGGGAUUGUAGAGCCUGUUCUCUGUGUGGACCCCAGACCACGGCUCAUGGACCCAGGCUGCCACUACCCAAAUGCGGUGUGUCUACCCUCUUGAGAGAGUAUAUGAGAUUGAGAAGAGUGCUCAAUUGAAAGAACAAAAUGGGUUCUAACCCCAAACAAAAUAUUAAGCUUUUAUUUCUAAUAUGGCCAAGAAGAUACACGUAAGCUCCAAACUAUCACCAAGAGGUGCAUACAUAAGCAUGCAGACAUGACUUGAGUGCGAGCAAUCUCAUCUUGAAGUCGAAUAAACCUAGAGGGGGCCCACUCCCAGUAUACCUGCCUCCCAUGAGAAACAGCUUAGCACUGCCUGAUAUGCUGAUCAAAAACGAACAGGAGAAAAGUUUAGGAGCAUUUAUGAACAAAGCCAGGCACCUAAAAGGUAGACGGAAGCAGAAGUUUGUUCUAGUGUCUCUUGGAGACAGCAGCGGAGAGUGAAGGGCCUCCUUUCCUCAAGCAACUUCAGUUCCUGCUAACCUAUCAGGAUCAGUGAUCUAGAAAGAACGAGAAACAAGGACCCACCAGUAGGUGAACUUCCCUUCUUCUAAGUUCUGUAUGUUACUCAGGAGUCAUAGGGCUUCCUAGAUGUUUAUUGUUGUUGUUUUUAGAAUAUUACAUGUUUUACGGUGAUUUCCACACUCCUUGUUUCUGCUAACCACACAUGAGACCAGGAAGGCUACUGGCGUGAAAUGUGCCAGCCAGGGCUGGGACCAGCAUCGGUCACCUCUCCGUCUGUGACUCUGGUCUUCCUCAAGGACUCCCUGCUCAGCGCUCCUAGCUCUCCUGGGAGAGUUGUGUAUUGCUGCAAAGGGCUGUCAUUCUCUUUCUGCACACACUGCUCAUCUCCAGACCUCAUCCGUCACAUUGCCACAUAACUCACUAGACUGUGGCACUUCUUUGAGGAAAUGCAUAGGACGAUGACCAGGAAGAAAAGUAGGUGGAAAGGUGGAAAGAAGAAAAAAGGGGGAGGACACAGGAAAGACCACAACCAGAAGUUUCCCAAAGUUUCAUCCCUUUCUGCAGCCCACCAGCACUUCUAAAUCAACGCUAGCAGGCAGAAGAGCAGGGGCUUUCACUGUCCCAUACAGCCUGCUUACGCUAGUAGGGAAACCUGCCUUCACCAAAGAGGUGUCUGUGGUUGCACGAAUAUCCACACUUAAUGGAAACGUCAUCCAAAAAUAAAUUUGAUGCAAAAAUCUCAGAUGUUAAUCUGCAAAUAAUGCAUUGGUGGGCUUCCUAAGGGAGACUACACCAAUUAGAGUUGGAAAUAAAUAUGUUCAAAUUCCCCACAAUAAGGUGAAAUGUCUUCUAAUCUUUCAACCUCAAAAUUCUUUCUGGCUCUGAUGGGGACGCCUCUCUCUGUUCCCUCCCUGCCCUCUCUCGAGCCUGUUGGUGGGAAUCAUCCCCAGCUGUGGGUUCACUGCCUGCCAGCUCAGCUUCAGCUCCCCGCUUCCUGGCCUGCCCAGAGGGACACCCAGUCCCACUGCUCGCCCAGGCAGCAGACAUCCUGUUGGUAGCACCUGUAACAGGGCAUUGGAGUCAAACCUCCAAGAAGGUUGCAGCUUUAAAAUCAAACCUCACACUUGCAGAUUUAAAUCGAACUUAGCGUGUCACAAAAUUCCAGAACUUCAGCAAACCACCCCACCGUGUGAAUCCCCGCCGUGUGCUCCUAGUUCAGGCAGAGCAGAAGUUGAACCGGGAAGGAAGAGGCAUUCGAUGGUCAGGUUCCUUAUAGAAAGACCGUGGGGCUUUCCUGAAGAAUUAGUCUUAGUUCUCAGCUGUGCGGGUGGCAGGGCUACAGAGGUCUUUGCCUUUUGCUCCCUGGGCAGCAGCCUGCUUGUAAACACGCAGAGAGUCACCAGGAGACUUGUGAGCAGCAUCCUGCGUGGUAUAUGGCAGCUGUUUUACGAACCCCGCAGGUCCUAAAAAGACUCACCAACCUUGGGACACUUAAUAGUUUUUUUCAGAUUUCUGUUUGAUAUUUUUUUUCCAAGAAAAUCCUAUAAACCUCAGCGUUCCCUGCCCUGAAAUUGCCCUUGUAGGGGAGAUUUGUGGCUGUGUCGCUCAGGAUCACCAUCGUUUAUAUUGCUUUGUCACCUUCCCCAUGAGAUUACAGAGUGACUCUCUUCAUAUGGACAAUUUCCAGACUGUCCAUGUAUGCUGAUGAACUACUUAUGUUUAUAAGACUUUCAGAAUCUAAUUUAUGCAGGCAUUUUCUUCCCAUGCCAAUUUUGAGAAAGAUGACUUGAAACUGAGAAAUGUCUAAAAGUCCCCUUGUAAACCCCCAAACCUAUUUGGGUGUGAUUACCUGCUCCCCUCACUACACAUAACACACACAGGUACACACACGGGCACAAGCAUAACAUGUCUCCGCAGCUGUAAGCUUAUAUAUUGUUUCAGACCAUUUUAUAUAACCAAAUUGGUCUCCUUGGUAAGAACAGAAUAACUACUGGCCUGAUAUUCAGAAGAACUGUUGGCCUGGUAUCCUGAAUAAAUGGCUAAUCAACAGGUCAAAUUCAGCUAGGAACACCAUUAAAAAUUCUAAAUAAUUAGAUUUUUUAUUGAUAAUUCAGCUUUCAUUCAUCUAUCAUGUCAUCUUUUUUGCCUGCAAUGCAAAUACCACCUGUUUUUAAGCCCUGCUCAAUUCCCAUUUCUUGGGGCCUUAUCCUAAGAUCAGCCCAAAUAAGUUACUAUCUUCUCCAUAUUCCCACAGUAUUUAGCAUCCUCCAAACAUUCUGAACAACCCAGGUAUGAUAGGCCUGUGUCCUCAACUCUGGUGUGUAAGUGCUUUAAGGGUAGGUCAUGGUAUGUAUGCCGUACAGAACCUAAUGCAGUGAUGAGCCUAUGUAGGUGGGUACAUUUGUAAUACAUAUAAAAUAUUUCUCAAUUGAUGAUUGAAUUGACAUGGAAUUUCCAGCAGCCUCAGACAGCUCCGUGAAUCAGUUUGGCCUGGUUAGGUGGGAAAUGCGAACACUUCCUUCUGUCUGUUAUCUACGGGUCAUCCUAAAGAUAAGCGUAUUUCAUUCCAUUUCACUUUAAGAUGUGUACCAAAGUCUCGUAGACUGUGAAAGUUAGAACUGAGGUGGUAGCAUUCACCUCAUCCAACUUUCUUAUUUUGCAGGUUUAUUUUGGUAUAUGUUUUCUUGCCUAAUUACUGUGUGUCUGUGAGUCUUACAUUCUCGAAGACAAUACUUCUGAAGCUUUAAUAAGCAACAGAAUCAGAGAGCUUCUUAAAAAACAAAUCGCAAGGCUCCACCCUAGAAUUUCAGGUUGGGUAGGUCUAGGCUGGGGCCUGAGAAUUUGCAUUUCUAAUAAGCUCCCAGAGGAUGCUGGUCUGUGGAACACACUUUGAGUAACUGCCACCUACUCUCCUCCCCAGUCCACGUUAGAUGCAGCUCUGUGCUGCUACAACACCCAGGGCCUUCCCCUGUCAUAGUUUAUAUCACACUGUAUCUUAAUAUAUUUCACAUGCCUGUCUAUCCUCCAGACUCUUACGUUCCUUGAGAACAGGAGCCACUAUUAUUCAUCUUUGAAUCUUAUCUAGCACAAAGCCUACCGUAUAGUAGAUGCCCAAUAAAUAUUUGAUGAAUCGGUGGUGAAGGCUCAAUAAAUUCCAGUCAAACUAUGCUGAACUGAGGUGUCCAGAGACUGUUUAGUCCAAAUGUUGAACUUUGCUGCUAUUCAACCUCAAAAAGAAGACAUACAAUUAGUAACUGCUGGACUCUGGUUCAUGAGAAAUCACUUCCAGUUGGAGAACAUGCAAAAGAUAGGUGGACUCACAGCUAACCCCUCCUAACUGUGCCCAUCCAAGUCCACGUGACGGGCAGUGCAGCAUGGUAGGCACAGUGCUGUGUGUUGGGAGCACACCCUAUCGCAGCCAGUCACCGUCCUCAGGGAGCACACGGCCCAUCAGGAGACAGCAUAUGACUGGACAGGGAAAUCACCAAAGAUGAGCUUCAGUCGUCUCAGUAAGGAAGGGGACUUGGGGUGGGACUAGGGGCUUGAACAAAGUGGAGAAGUGGUGAUUCCCUGAGAAAUGACUCGGACAGAAGGCAGUAUAGACACGUCGCUCGAGUCUGACUGCCUGGGGCCCAGUCUUGGAGUCACUACUUUGCAGGUGUGUGAACUUAGAAUGCUACUUGCCUUAUUUGUACCUCAAUUUUUUCAUCUGUAAAAUAGGGAUAAUAAUAGUAUCAGCACCUGGCAUCUACCAAGCACUCAGUAAGGGAUAACUAUUAGUAGUAUAAUCAUUACCAUUAGUUGUAUUAUUUUUUUUCCAGAGGACCACAAAUGCUACAUCCACCAAGCGCCAUGCAUCAGCAAUGCAGAGCACUUAGUUCUUGGAAUAUUUCUCAUGUAUGGCAUAGGCAAGAAGGCAGGGAAGAGAGAGAAGUGGAUUUUAGUGUCCUAGGGGAGGGAGACCAUUUAAUGUUUACUAAGAUCUCAGCGUAUGCCCCGCAAACCUUGUGAAAUUUGAUUUUACUUUAAUAAUAAUUAAAUGUCUCUCUUUCCCAUUUAUCAGAUCGCAUCCUAUCUAUUCUUGUAACCUAAUUUACCACUAUAAAGGUCAAAAAACCUCUAAAUUUUAAUAUUAUCAUUAGUAAUGUAAACUCAGCAGGUGAAAAUUAUGAUAGUGGGUGCUUUAUAGCGAAGAAAAAUAAGAAAUGUCAUACUGAGAAAUGGACUGGGAAAAUAACAUGCCAAGAGCACCAUAAUACAAUUAAUCUUUACCAGCAAUAGAGUCAGUAUCAUGCAAGAUAAAUCAAGCCGACUAAUUCUGGAUGCACAGACAUACAUUUAAAGGUAUCUCACUUUAGUUUCUUCUGUUUGCUGCUCCAUUUUUAUUGGUUGAGGAGAUUUUUCAUGUCAGUACUUUUUCAGGCAAUGAAAGGUAUGGACUUGCGUAGAUACAGCAGUAUGGGUUACAUUUUUUAUGUAUUGAAGAGAAACACACAGCUGCUUUUGAGAUCCAGUAUAUUUUUUCAUUUAGCAACAUCUACAGCGGCAUACAGUAAAACUAAAAAUAAAAUACUACAACCUACACUUUAAAUAACGAGUGGAGUUAUUGGAAUACAAAGGAAUUGUUUUUCUCAUUUUUAGAUUGUUUUUAUUUAAUACGGCUGUCACAAAACUAUACCAAAAGAAAGUCAUUUAAUUGCCAGCCUCAGACCAUGGUUGAAGUGUAGUGGGAACUGUGAUAGCUGUAAUUAAGUUACAAUUCAGGCACAGUGAUGCUCUCCGUAUUUAAUGGUAAACAUUACAAAAUUGAAAUUACUCUUUCUUAUCAAAGUCUCUGUUCUCUUAUUAAAAGUAUAUGUGGGAUAAUCCUAUUUUUCAAGUAAGAACUAAUAACAAUAAUAUCUACAU